GUCCAGGAGCUCCGGGUUAGUCGCAGGCACUUCCGCCCCAGGAGGACAACGUAGCAGCCAUCUUUUGCCUGAUUAUGGUGUUUCAGGUCCGCUCUUCACGACCCAUUCAAGCUUCCACGACAUGCGCCUAGGGCCAACAUUACCAGACCUUUCAUUUGGGGAGAAAGAGGAGGAGCGGCUAAAAGCGGAGGUUUGAGGGCCUAGAGUGGUGAUGUACGUCCCCCGGGCGGAGCUUCUUUGCGUUUGCCCUGACUUCUCAAAAAGCACUGCACGGAGGAAGAGGCAACAGAGCCCCACGACUCUGCACUUUCCCAGAAGGAGAGAGAAAAUGAGCACAUUCCAGGAGGCGGUGACCUUCAAGGACGUGGCCGUGGCCUUCACCGAGGAGGAGCUGGGGCUGCUGGACUUGGCCCAGAGGAAGCUGUACCAGGAUGUGAUGGUAGAAAACUUCCGGAACCUGGUCUCAGUGGAAGAAAACAAUCAAAGUGAGUUGAGGGCCGUUCAAGACAGAGGAUCACGUGAAGACCUUUCCUGCCGGCAAAUCUGGCAACAAAUUGCAAGUGACUUAACCAGAUGCCAAGACUCCGUGAUAAAUAGUUGUCAGUUCCACAAACAAGGUGAUUCCCCCUGCCAGGGUGGGGCAGGACUCUCUAUUCAAAUUUCUGAAGAUGAGAACCAUAUAUUAAAUGAUAAAGCGGGUGAUCCCAGUAGUACUGGAAAUCCAAGGUGUGCAACUUUGAGAGCCCAGGAUUCCUGGAGGAAAACUUCAUUGACUGAGUUGCAGAAUUAUCAGAAUAGACACCAGCAAAUUUCCAUGAAAAAUAAACUGUGUCAGUGUAAAGAGGAUGUUGACACCAUCAGUUGGAUUUCACAUCACCUUGAUGCUCAUGGAGUACACAAGGGUCAAAAAUCUUACAGCUACAGUGAUUAUAGAAAAGAUAGCAUGAGGGUUUCAACACUGGAUCAGAAAACUAUGAUUCACACAGGACAAAAACCUUACCAGUGUAACGAAUAUAAAAAAACCUUCACCAAUCUCUCCCCCUUUGAUCUUCACCAGCAAUUACACUCAAAAGAGAAGUCUCAUAUGUGCAGUGAGUGUGGAAAAGGCUUCCGUUACAGCUCGGUUCUUCAUAUUCAUCAGAGAGUUCGUGGGAGGAAACGCAGUGAGUGUGAUGAGUGUGGCAAGGAGUUCAGUCAGAGCUCACAGCUGCAGACUCCUCAGAAAGUCCACACUGUAGAGAAACCGUUCAAAUGUGGGGAAUGUGGGAAAGGCUUCAGUCGUAGGUCAGCACUUACUGUUCAUUGUAAAGUCCACACGGGAGAGAAACCUUAUAAUUGUGAGGAGUGCGGGAGGGCCUUCAGUCAGGCCUCUCACCUUCAGGACCAUCAGAGAGUCCACACUGGGGAGAAACCAUUCAAAUGUGACAUGUGUGAUAAGAGCUUCAGUCGGAAUUCACACCUUCAGUCUCAUCAGAGAGUCCAUACGGGAGAGAAGCCAUACAAAUGUGAGGAGUGUGGGAAGGGCUUCAUUUGUAGCUCAAAUCUAUACAUUCAUCAGAGGGUCCACACAGGAGAAAAACCCUACAAAUGUGAGGAAUGUGGGAAAGGCUUUAGUCGGCCUUCAAGUCUUCAGGCCCAUCAGGGGGUCCACACUGGAGAGAAAUCAUACAUAUGUAAUGUGUGUGGUAAAGGCUUUACUCUGAGUUCAAACCUUCAGGCACAUCAAAGAGUCCAUACAGGAGAGAAACCAUACAAAUGUGAUGAGUGUGGGAAGAGCUUCAGGAGGAACUCCCAUUAUCAAGUUCAUCUGGUUGUCCACACAGGGGAGAAGCCCUAUAAAUGUGAGGUAUGUGGGAAGGGCUUCAGUCAGAGUUCAUAUCUUCAAAUCCAUCAGAAGGCCCACAGCAUAGAGAAACCUUACAAGUGUGAGGAGUGUGGGCAAGGCUUCAAUCAGAGUUCACGACUUCAGAUUCACCAGCUGAUCCAUACCGGUGAGAAACCAUACAAAUGUGAAGAGUGUGGGAAGGGAUUCAGUCGAAGAGCAGAUCUUAAAAUUCACUGCAGAAUCCACACCGGAGAGAAACCGUAUAAUUGUGAGGAGUGUGGGAAAGUCUUCAGGCAGGCCUCAAAUCUUCUGGCCCAUCAGAGAGUCCACAGCGGAGAAAAACCAUUCAAAUGUGAAGAGUGUGGGAAGAGCUUUGGUCGGAGUUCACACCUUCAAGCCCAUCAAAAAGUCCACACUGGAGAAAAGCCAUACAAAUGUGAGGAGUGUGGGAAGGGCUUCAAGUGGAGCCUGAACCUCGACAUGCAUCAGAGGGUCCACACAGGAGAGAAACCAUAUAAGUGUGGGGAGUGUGGGAAGCACUUCAGUCAGGCCUCAAGUCUUCAGCUUCAUCAGAGUGUCCACACUGGAGAGAAGCCGUACAGAUGUGACAGAUGCAGUAAGGUCUUCAGUCGGUCUUCACAGUUACAGUCUCAUCAGAGAGUGCACACAGGGGAGAAGCCUUACAAGUGCGACAGUUGUGGCAAGGGAUUCAGUAGCAGCACAGGCCUUAUCAUCCACUACAGGACACACACAGGGGAGAAGCCUUACAAAUGCGAGGAGUGCGGUAAAUGCUUUAGCCAAAGUUCAAAUUUUCAGUGCCAUCAGAGAGUCCACACCGAAGAGAAACCAUACAAGUGCAACGAGUGCGGGAAGGGCUUCGGCUGGAGCGUUAACCUUCGUGUUCACCAGAGGGUCCACAGGGGUGAGAAACCCUAUAAGUGUGAGGAGUGUGGGAAGGGCUUCACGCAGGCCGCGCAUUAUCACAUACAUCAGAGGGUCCACACCGGGGAGAAACCCUACAAAUGCGAUGUCUGCGGCAAGGGGUUCAGUCACAAUUCCCCUUUGAUAUGCCACCGGAGGGUCCACACUGGAGAGAAACCGUACAGAUGUGAGGCGUGCGGGAAGGGCUUCACCCGUAACACAGAUCUUCACAUCCACUUCCGUGUCCACACGGGAGAGAAACCCUACAAAUGCAAGGAGUGCGGGAAGGGCUUCAGUCAGGCUUCCAAUUUGCAAGUCCACCAGAACGUCCACACCGGGGAGAAACGAUACAAAUGCGAGACAUGUGGGAAGGGCUUCAGUCAGUCAUCAAAGCUUCAGACCCACCAGAGAGUCCACACAGGGGAAAAGCCCUACAGAUGCGACAUGUGCGGUAAGGACUUCAGUUACAGUUCAAAUCUUAAACUGCACCAAGUCAUUCACACUGGAGAAAAACCGUAUAAAUGUGAGGAGUGCGGGAAGGGCUUCAGUUGGAGAUCAAACCUUCACGCUCAUCAGAGAGUCCACUCAGGAGAGAAACCCUACAAAUGUGAGGCAUGUGAUAAGAGCUUCAGUCAGGCCAUAGAUUUCCGGGUCCAUCAGAGAGUCCACACGGGCGAGAAACCCUACAAGUGUAGUGUCUGUGGGAAGGGCUUCAGCCAGUCCUCUGGUCUUCAGUCCCAUCAGAGGGUCCAUACUGGGGAGAAGCCCUACAGAUGCGACGUGUGUGGAAAGGGCUUUCGUUACAGUUCACAGUUUAUAUACCACCAGAGGGGCCACACUGGUGAAAAGCCUUACAAAUGUGAGGAGUGUGGGAAAGCCUUUGGGCGGAGCCUGAAUCUUCGCCAUCACCAGAGGGUCCACACAGGAGAGAAACCCCACAAGUGUGAGGAGUGUGGGAAGGCCUUCAGUCUCCCCUCCAAUCUUAGAGUCCAUCUGAGUGUUCACACUCGGGAGAAACUGUUUAAAUGUGAGGAGUGUGGGAAGGGCUUCAGUCAGAGUUCUCGGCUUCAAGCCCACCAGAGGAUCCACACAGGAGAAAAACCAUACAAGUGUGACAUAUGUGGUAAGGACUUCAGUCACCGUUCACGGCUUACAUACCAUCAGAAAGUCCACACUGGCAAGAGUCUUUAAAAGUGAGAGGUCUGUUAAUGACUUCAGUCAGGAUGCACGUCUUCAAGGUUUUGGAGAGUCAAUGCUGCUGAUAAACUCUAUGAAGUAUUGAGAGUGGAAAGGGAUUCCUUCAGAUGGAAUCUUCCCAGCAAAUCCAUUAAAAUGGUGACAUAGAACCAUACAUAGUAACAGGGGAGAAAUAGGUUGUAACCCUCUUGGUAAGAUCCACUUGAUAUAAAUGAUCUCUCAAAGUGAAUAUAUGCCUAAAGACAGUGUGUGAAAAGGAUAUUUGCCGUAUACUAACUCGGUUUUUUUGAGGGGGGAUGUCAAGGAGGGCUUUGGGGUUAUUUUUCCAUCAACUUCCAUUUUAUACUUGUUUACAGUGACUGUUAUUUUUACUAAAGCUGUAAAACUAUGAAAAAUGAAAUGAAUAAAAUUACUAAAAAUUUCCUGUAGCCAAGAAUUUGUAAUAUGAUUGCUUUAUUUCGUAUGAUAUAUUGGAUUAAAAUUAAGGAAUAGAUCCCCAGAGAUGAACCUUUGAUCUUCAGAAGUAAAUACGUAUCUGCCACAGAUGUAUAUAAAGGAAUGUUCAUUGCAUUAUUGUUUAUAAUAGCA